AUGACAGGAACGGUUGUGUGGUUUGAAGGGAUACCCUUCCCAAGCCUGCAAUACUCACCUGAAAUCCUGAGAGAGGUGCAGGAGAGUUUUCUUAUUAAAGAUGAAGAUGUCUUACUGAUGACUUUCCCCAAAUCAGGAACAAACUGGUUGAUUGAAACUGCCUGCCUAAUUUACUCCAAGGGGGAUUCCAAGUGGGUCCAAUCUGAGCCCAUUUGGGACCGCUCCCCCUGGGUAGAGGCUAAGUAUGGGUGUGAAUUACUAAAGGAGAAGGAAGGCCCACGUCUCAUCAGUUCUCACCUCCCCAUCCAACUCUUCCCCAAGUCUUUCUUCAAAUCCAAGGCCAAGAUGAUAUACCUCAUCAGAAAUCCCAAAGAUGUUAUUGUGUCUGGUUAUUUUUACUGGAAGAUUGCAAAAUUUGUUAAGAGACCACAGCCACUGGAACAAUACUUUGACUGGUUCGUCCAAGGAAAUGGUGACGCAACUGGGUGGUUUGACCACAUUUGGGGCUGGUUGUCCAUGAGAGACAAGGAGAACUUCCUGAUACUGAGCUAUGAAGAGAUGAAAUGGGACACGAGGAGCACUGUGGAGAAGAUCUGCCAAUUCCUGGGCAAGAAACUAGAACCAGAAGAACUGGACUCGGUCCUCAGAAACAGUUCUUUCCAGGCCAUGAAAGAAAACAAUAUGUCCAAUUUUUCCCUCCUGAAGGGUCGGUAUUUAGAAGAGAAUGGAGAACUUUUGAGAAAGGAUGUGACUGGAGACUGGAAAAAUUACUUCACGGUGGCCCAAGCUGAAACUUUUGAUAAACUAUUCCAGGAGAAGAUGGAAGACCUUCCUCAAGAUCUGUUCCCAUGGAAAUAA